GAUAUUUUGUAUUACACUAUUCGAAGUAGUGUGCAACAUUCAAGAUGCUUGCUGCGUUGGUUUUAAUCUUGGCUCUAGAUCUUGGGCACAUAAUAAAAGGUCAAAGUUUACCACUUUGUAAAGAUGGGAGAAUAAAAUCGUAUGAUAAAGCAUGCAGCUCUGACUUUGAUUGCCCAAUCGGUAGCCGAUGUAGCAACAGCGAAUGUUGUGAACUGAGGUGUUCGAAAGGUACAGUCCUAAGGGACCGUUUUACAUCAGCGAUAGAGACAUGCACAAGAAAUAGAAGAGGCAGACUCGUGUGCCCAAACGAUGCAGUUUGUGAAAAGAAAACAGCAGGUGGAAGAGUCAAUAAAAUAUGUUGCAAGAAAACAAUAGUCGGAAGAGCAUGUAAAGUUGAAGGCGAUGUCGUAAAAAGAUGGAAGUGGUGGUGGUCAAAGGACAGAUGUCGUAAAUGCAGAUGUAACAGGCAGUAUAAAUGCCCCAUAAAACGUUUAAAAAUUCCUAGGUGCAUAUCAACCACUUCUACAACUCCUACAACUGCAACAACCUUGAAUUCCACACCCACCAUGGCUUGGAAUUUGACAACUACAACAUCUUUGACAACGCAAACAACGACGACAAUUCUACGUUGCAACUGGAAUACAUGGGGUCCAUAUACCGAUGGAUCAUGUUCUAAACCUUGUGGAUCCGGAGUUAUGAGUAGAAUUCGUUCUAGAGUAAUGGUCUUCGGCAACACAGGUGAUAGUGAUGUGUGCUCUGGACCUUCCUUUGAAACAUCAAGUGCAGCGUGUAAUACACAACAAUGUUGCAGUUGGGAUACAUGGGAUCCAUAUACUGAUGGAUCGUGUUCCAAACCUUGUGGAUCCGGAGUUAUGAGCAGAACUCGUUCUAGAGUAAUGGUCUUCGGCAACACAGGUGAUAGUGAUGUGUGCUCCGGACCUUCCUUUGAAACAUCAAGUGCAGCGUGUAAUACACAACAAUGUUGCAGUUGGGAUACAUGGGGUCCAUAUACUGAUCGAUCAUGUUCUAAACCUUGUGGAUCUGGAGUUAUGAGUAGAACUCGUUCUAGAGUAAUGGUCUUCGGUAACACAGGUGAUAGUGCUGUGUGCUCCGGACCUUCCUUUGAAACAUCAAGUGCAGAGUGUAAUACAAAACAAUGCUGCAACUGGGGUGUCUGGGGGCAAUACACAUAUUGGGCAUGCUCGAAGGUAUGCGGUGGAGGAACCCAGAAAACUUCACGUACCCGAAGCGCCGUGUAUAGUGGUACUGGAACAACAUCAACUUGCUUUGGGUCAUCAACGUGGUCUGAAGAUGUUCCAUGUAAUCUCCAACAGUGUUGUAAUUGGGGCACGUGGCAAGCUUAUGUCUAUGGUGGAUGCUCAAAGCCAUGUGGCGGAGGCACUAAAACUGGGACCAGGUCAAGAAAUCAAAUAUACAGUAACACUGGUACAAGUGCGACCUGUUCAGGGCCACCGACUCAGAUUAAUACUGUCCCUUGUAAUGCCCAGAAAUGUUGCAAUUGGGGACCAUGGGGAUCAUACAGCUUUGGCUCGUGUUCAAGGAAAAGUGGAGGUUGUACUCGAACUGGAACACGAAGAAGACAGCCAAUUUACAGUAACACUGGAAGCACCCCUUCAUGUAGUGGUUCGGCAACUAAUACCAUCACCCAGUCAUGUAACCCCAAUACUUGUCCGACCAUACCACCGUGUUCACUAUGUGGAUCGAACUGCAGAUACCCAUUCAGUAUGUGCUGUUCUAAUUGCUGUGUAAGGCGAUCGGGAAUAAGUCCAGCAUGCUGUGGAAUCCGGGGAUAUGAUUCCAGGUUUAGUAUGUGUUGCAGUGGAACCAUUGUUCGACGCUCGGGUAUAUCGCCAGGAUGUUGUGGCACGAAGGGUUACGAUUCCAGGUUUAGUAUGUGCUGUGCUGGUGUGAUAAGACGUAGAUCGGGUAUUUCACCUGCAUGUUGCUGUACUCAGGCAUACGAUGCACGUUUUCGGAAAUGCUGUAGUGGAUGCAGAAUUUGUUAA